AUACGACACAUGGACGGUAGAAUUGAUGUUUAUAUAUCAAGUGCGUUAGUAUUGUGUUCAUAAUGGAGAAUUUAAUUAAUUUCCCGGUGUCGUGUUUUAAUGUUGGGCUGAAUGUAAUUACAAGGGUGUUUUUAAUCGUUAUAAGUGCCGGUGUUUAUCAGGGAUUCAUUAUAGCUGAAGUUUUACUGAAUAAUUCGAAUGUGUGGUACCCAAAAUGCUUAGCUAAAGCUGUGGAACUCAUUCAAGAAAGUAUAUCGAGAAUAACAUUGAUUGUUUUACGAAAAAGCACAACUAAGGGUCGCAAGGAGCCCGAGAAACAGAAAUUGAGCCCGAAACCGAAGCGCCAUCUGAAAAUAGAUCCUGAGGUAGUCAUGUUGAACGGAUUUAUGAGGUGGUUCCUGCGUUUCUUAGUAUCCCUGCUGGCAAUAGGCGUGCACCCUUUAACAUAUUUACUAAACAUCAAAAGAAAUAGAAAAUGUCCGCCACCAACAAACCCUUUACUAUUCAAAUCGGCUACCACACUGGCAAUGAUGAUCAGAAACAAACAGAUUACAUCAGAAGAAUUAGUAACAGCGUACAUCGAACGUUGUAAAGAAGUCAAUCCGUAUUUGAACGCUAUAGUUGAGCCUCGAUACGACUUAGCCAUAAAGGAAGCGAAGUGUAUAGACAAAAUGAUAGCAUCCAAUGACCGUUCAAGCGAGGAAUUAGCUAAGGAAUAUCCUUUACUUGGCAUUCCUAUGACUGUUAAAGAAAGUAUAGCAGUAGAAGGCAUGAGUAAUGAUAGUGGUACGGUGUUUCCAUAUAGGAAUCCAGCUAAAAAGGACGCAGAUAUAGUCCGUAGAGCCAGAGCAGCCGGUGCGAUACCAAUUGCUGUGACAAAUACGCCACAGCUAUGUAUGAAUUGGGAAACUUACAACAAUGUCACAGGUUUGACUAUGAACCCUUACGACCAGAGACGUACAACGGGAGGGUCAUCUGGUGGAGAAUCAGCGUUAAUAGCUUCAGCGGCUUCUAUAAUAGGAGUGGGUUCGGAUAUCGCAGGAUCAUUACGACUACCACCAAUGUUCAAUGGUAUAUUUGGUCAUAAGCCUUCACCGAAACUUGUAUCUAUUGAAGGUCAUGUACCAGACUGCCUUGAUCCAGAAUUUGAGGAAUUCUUUGCACUAGGACCUAUUACACGAUACGCGGAAGAUUUACCUCUGCUUUUAAAAGUUUUGAGACAAUCCUCUGGUCCAGAUGUGCCAUUGGAUAAACCGGUAGAUCUUACACGUCUAAAAUUUUAUUACAUGGAAGGCGAUGGCAGUAAUGUUACUGACAAAAUUGGAUCAGACAUAAAAAUGGCUUUGGAAAAAGCUAAAGCUUACAUUAAAUCUACCUAUAACGUAGAAGUUAAAGAGCUAAAAAUAGCAAAUAUAGAGCACAUGUGGGAAAUAAGCGUAAGAGUACUUUUCAAGAUAAAUCACGUACGAAACAUCUACACAGAUCCAGAGAAACGGGACCAGCUGAUAUCGAUGUGGCCGGAAGUCUUAAAGAAGAUGAUGGGUUUGUCCAGUCACUCCUUAACGUGUAUCGCUUAUGGACCCGCAAAGAAAUUCUUCGAUGCUUUACCAAAGAAUUAUUAUAAAAAACUUUUAGAAGUCUUUGAAGAAAUUAAGACUGAUUUUAAUGAAGCUUUAUCUGACGAUGCAGUGUUAUUGUUUCCAACGUUCCCAUAUCCGGCACAUUUACACUACAGGAUAUUUUACAAAUUUUUAAAUUGUGGAUAUCUGACGAUAUUCAACGCUUUAGGGCUACCCGCUACGGCUUGUCCUAUUGGGCUCACAGAUAAGGGUCUGCCCGUAGGCUUGCAAAUUGUUGCGAAUAAAUGUAAUGAUCAUUUAACGAUAGCUGUUGCCAAGGAAUUCGAAAAAGCAUUCGGAGGAUGGACGCCGCCUAAUAAGGAACUAUUAAACAGCAUUAAAACUGCGUAACUAAAGGAAUGAUAAACUUUUUCUAUGUAAAUAGCGCUAAAGAGCUAUCGUGCAAUAUAAAGGACUAGAAUGACAAUGUGUGAAUGUUUUAUAAAAAGAAAGAAAAUGAUGUAAGGAUCAUGAUUUAUAUAUAUUUAUACAAGGAUACUAUAAUGA